CAUGUGGCGUCAGUUUAAACUUGGCGAGACCAUUGCAGGAGGCAGUUCCUCAGUAUUCAGCAGCAGAGAAGCGCAUUCUGUCUGUCUGUGACAUUCUCAAACCUCUUAUCACAGCCCUGUUUUUCACGCCUCUGUGGCUUUGCACUUUGUUGGACUUUCCAUAAAGGACUUCGUAUAGCGCACGUGCCCACGUUUGGUGUAGCAAAAGUGUGUUUGCAAGGUUUUUUCACUGGUUUCGUCGAGUUGCAUCUCGUUAAACAGACAAAGUGGAGCUGAGUAAGAGGUGUGAGGAGAUAAGAGGAAGACAACUGAAUAUAAUCAAGCACUGUGAAAAGAGAGAAAGAGAGACGGAAGAAGAGAGAAAGGCUUGAGAGGCAUUCGAUUAUUUGGAAGUCAUGGGGAAACAGAACAGCAAGCUGCGGCCGGAGGUGCUCAACGAUCUGCGCGAGAACACCGAGUUCAGUGAGCAUGAGCUGCAGGAGUGGUAUAAGGGCUUCCUGAAGGACUGUCCCACAGGUCACCUCACGGUGGACGAGUUCAAAAAAAUUUAUGCCAAUUUUUUCCCAUACGGAGACGCCUCCAAAUUUGCAGAACACGUCUUCCGAACGUUCGACACUAAUGGUGAUGGGACUAUCGACUUCAGAGAGUUCAUCAUCGCGCUGAGUGUGACGUCACGAGGAAAGCUGGAGCAGAAACUGAAGUGGGCCUUUAGCAUGUAUGACCUGGACGGCAAUGGUUACAUAAGCCGAGCAGAGAUGCUGGAAAUUGUACAGGCAAUCUAUAAGAUGGUUUCAUCUGUGAUGAAGAUGCCAGAGGACGAGUCCACUCCAGAGAAGAGAACUGAUAAGAUUUUCAGACAGAUGGACACCAAUAAAGAUGGAAAGAUUUCUCUGGAGGAGUUUAUUAAAGGAGCCCGGAGCGACCCCUCGAUCGUCCGCCUCCUCCAGUGUGACCCGAGCAGCGCCAGUCAGUUCUGAGUCGAACAAACAUAGCGCACUCUAACAGUGUUCACUCGAGACUAAAGUGAACAUGGUAAGUGUUUGUGUAAGCGUAAGAAUGUGGUUGUACUUAUCAUCACAUUUACUAAUUUGUCAGUGGCAUUAGGGACCACUUUUAAAAUGUGAAUGCUAAAUGGAGGCCAGUGAGCACUUAGAUCAGUCCUGUUAGUGGUGAUUUAGACAAAAAAAACAACUACCACUUAUGGACUGGGAAUAUAGUGUUGUGUAUAUUGUGUAUGUGUGUAUUAAAACAGCAGUUCAUAAUGUGGAAUGUUUAUAGCAAAGCAGCAAUGUUUGGGAUUGUGUUCAUUUUGAUGAGCAAUGCAUGAUUGGCCCUGAAACUAGGUGCCAGAUUUACUAACAUUUUAAAUAAAGAGGCUGAUUUGUGAGUGGAAUCUGCUAAACCGUAUCCAGA